UUUUUUUCUUUUGUGUGUGCUGAGAUUUUCUCGGUUUCUUUCCCAUGUCGGUUGCAAUAAUGGGUGAAAUUCCUUUCUGACACUACCUUUCCACUUGUGAGAUUGAUCACUCUCCUUGUGCAGCCGGGUAGGGUUCCCAGAGAUCCUCAGCGGCCUCUCCAGCAGGAUUUAUUCCUGAGAAGCACAGGCCUACGCUCCCCAUUGGUCAGCCCUGGUCAUGUGACCAGGAAUUGGCUGCAAGUCGCCCAGUGUUCAGUUUAUUACAGGAGGGUCCCCAUACGCCUGAUUUAUCAGCAAUAUACAAUAAUAGGGCCUGUGGAUUACGGGGACCCUAAAUUUGGCUCUCCCAGCCCGGCCUGGCUCAGGGCAGCCAUGAAUUUGGAAUUUGAGAGGGAGAUCGGGUUUAUAAACAGCCAGCCUUCGCUCGCAGAGUGCCUGACGUCCUUCCCUGCUGUCCUGGAGACAUUUCAAACUUCAUCAAUCAAGGACUCGACAUUAAUUCCUCCUCCUUUUGAGCAAACCAUCCCCAGCCUGAAUCCUGGCUCCGACAGCCAGAUCCGGCCCAAAAGCCAAAAACGAGCAGAGAAUGGCCUGCUCCAGCAGCCCCAGGUCCAGCCUGGCCAUUUGGCUACCGAAUUCCCCUGGAUGAAAGAGAAGAAAUCGGCAAAGAAGAGCAGCCAAGGGUCCCCCCAGGCCCUUAUUCCCCCUCCUGAGUCUGCAGGGGGGUCUCCUGCAGAACCCCCUGGGCUGCACGAUGCCGGCGGCGGAUCCAGAAGACUGCGCACCGCAUACACCAACACCCAACUCCUGGAGCUGGAGAAAGAAUUUCACUUUAAUAAAUACUUGUGCCGACCCAGGAGGGUGGAGAUAGCGGCUCUGCUGGAUCUGACUGAGAGACAGGUCAAGGUUUGGUUCCAGAACCGGAGGAUGAAGCACAAGAGACAAACCCAGCACAAGGACUCGCAGGACGGGGAGCACAGUUACUCGAACCCCGAAGAUGGCGAACCCCUGGACGAUGGAGACGAUAGUCCGGUCUAUCACCAGGGAUUGGAUAGUAAUGACUCUUUAAGGGAACAGGAGAUCCGCAAAGAUCCCAGCACAGCAAUGCCUUCAAGCAAGGAGUUAACCCCCAGCAGCCCUUUAUACCCAACGCCUACUACUGAUUCCGAGGGCAGAAUAGAGGUGGGUAGCAUGGACAAUGUACUCUCACAAACCCCCGACAAUUCCUUAUUGUCAGAGCUGACUUUAUUCUCCUCAGACUCCUGCCUACACAUUUCAGACGGUAUCACAAGCCUGCACGGCUCUCUCCAUAGUCCUGUCCACUUCUCAGAGGAAGAUAUUGACUUUCUUACCAGCACACUUUGUAGCAAAGAUCUGCAGAACUUAGAUUUUUAACGAAAAUUAAUGUUUUUUUUUUGCAAAGUCUAAUCUUAGAUAUACUAAAGCGUGAAGGUGUCCUCUAUAUUUAUUUUAAAAUAUCAGACACACGUCGCUAGUCAUAUCAGUAUUUAUGUAUCCUAACCGCGUAAAUUAGCUAUUUUCAUUUGCUUGCUAAUUAGAAGGCAUUUUUUUUUUGGAUUAGACAAAUGGAUCAAUUGUUAUUUAUUUAAGUCUCAGGAAUUUCAAGGUACGUUUUCGAUUUUGUUAUACAGGAUUCAUUAUGCAGAUUUCGUUUUAUGUUAUUUAUGUAAAGCCUUUAUUAGCGAUUUGAUAAUUAUUUAUUGUACGUUAUUUUCCUAGUUUAUAUAAAUGUCUUUAUAAUAAAAUGUAUGUUAAGAUUUCGCCAUGUUAAUAAAUCUUACGUUUAUUACCAAG